GCUUGCUUAUUCAGUGCCCUCUGCUCCUUGUCUGCGACAGAUAUCAACCUUAACUCUCCCAACAAAGGUCUGCUGGCGGAUGCCAUGACAGAUGUUCCCGUGGAUAACGCGGCCCGGGGCGCUGCCCCCGAGGGAUUGACUCUGGCCGAGGAGGAGGAGCUGAGAGCCGAGCUCGCCAAGGUUGAAGAAGAAAUUGGUACUCUCAGACAAGUUCUGGCUGCCAAAGAGAGGCACUGUGGAGAGCUGAAGAGGAAGCUGGGUCUGACUCCCUUGGAUGGGCUAAAGCAAAACCUGUCCAAAAGCUGGCACGAUGUCCAAGUCUCCAAUGCUUAUGUGAAAACAUCUGAGAAACUUGGAGAGUGGAAUGACAAAGUGACACAGUCUGACUUAUAUCUUUCAGCCAGCAGCACACUGGAGGACUGGAAUGAAAAAUUAACUCAAUCAGAAGCUUACAAGAAGACCCAGGAAACCCUUUCCCAGGCGGGACAGAAGACUUCAGCAGCCCUUUCCAAUGUAGGUUCUGUUAUCAGCAGGAAGCUUGGUGACAUGAGGAAUUCUGCAACCUUCAAGUCCUUUGAAGAUAGAGUUGGGACCAUAAAGUCUCGAGUGGUGGGCAGCAGGGAAAACAGCACUGAUGGCCUCCACUCCCCGUCUGGAGCUGGGGACAAGCCUCCACAAGACAACGCUCCCUUCUAGACCUGGAUGUGGCUUUGCACAGCUGUGCACAUCUGGAAGAGACCCCUCCCUCCCAAACCUUCACCACAGCAACAAGAUGCGAACCCAGGAAGGGGCUGAGAGCCAGUCUGGAGACAUCCAUCCUUCAUUCAUAGACACUGCUGCUGGAUCCAAGUCAAAUAAAGAGAAUGCAAAGUUUUGUACACAAAUAAUAUUUUACACUAAAGUUUGUAGAUUAAAUGUAUCACUGCUGUCCUUUUGGGAGAGCGUGUAAGCUGGAGUUUCCUUAAAGUAGCUCAGAAAUGCCACUGCUAUGGAAGAAAACAGUUUUCCUCUGUCUGACAAAGCUUGGAGCAGAUACAUGGCCCUGAGCAGCAUGAAGAGGGCAGUAACUGGAGAAGCCAAGUGCAUGGGCACCUUAGCUUCAGCUUCUGGCUCUGUUCUCUGUGUGGGCUACUGUGGGAGCUCCCAGGCUUCUCCUGUUACUGUUUUCUCUGGCUCUCAUUGGAGCUGUCAGGUAAAUGGGGUAAACAGUUGGGGUUUUUUUGGGCUCCUAAAAGGUAAACUUCACUUAGCAGCUGCCUUGUUGUUACACUAAUGCUCUAGCUUUAACAAAACUAAGAAUCUUUAUUUUUAAAUGCAAUGAACUUUAAAGAAAAAAAGCUUAAAAACAAACAAAAAAAAGCUUUGGCAUAUUAGGGUGAUGCUCCCUUGGACUCUGAAGCUGAAUUGCAAGCCUUACAUCACUUAUGCUUUACUUGUUUAUGAUUUAUUUUCUGUAGAGGAGACUGCAAGGGUUCUAAAGCUGGUUGUUGAGCACUGGAGUUUUGCGUCAUGCAGUCGUAGCAGCAUGUUUAUAAAGCCAGUUCUUGUGUUAAAUUCAGUGGUGCACUCUUGUUUCCCGAGUGUAUGAAACUUGCUUCUCCCUUCUCAGCUUAUCCCUUCGUUCUUGGAGGAGGAAUUUCUGAAGGCUGGAAUAUGAUACCAUUGGAGGGACUCUGCUCUGCUCUCCGAGGGCUCCUCCAGCUGGUACAUCUGGCUGUGACUGGAUGGGUUUCUCAGUUGAAAGCCCCAGCUCUAAUUUUGGUUUACAAAACUGGCAGAGAGUCAUGGAGCUCACCCAGUCACUACAGGGGCUGGAUGUUUUGCUCUUUUGGUGUCCAGCUUCAUUGCUCAGAAGCUGACAAAUUCCAAGUUUUCUCCUAGAGGCCUGAUCUUAUUCUAGGCAAGGUGCCUCCACAUAGAAAUACCUAGAGUGAGCAAUUCUGUGCCUUAGAGGCGAAGUGGGACUUACUCAGGUCUUUAAACUUAUGUACAUAUUUGGGUAGUUUUAGUGGUGUAUCACCCCAGAGGAACUGAACUGCCUCUGACCCUUUAGAGAAGCAAGUUUUGACACUGAUUUGAUUAACCUCCAUUUCCCCCACCCCUGCUCCCCUCCCUCUGCAGACCUGGGGAUGUGGGAUGAGAUGUUAGUGGGCAGAUGUACUAGGCCAUAGGUGGAGUGUAGAGUGUUGUUCAUGGGCACUCCUCGUUUGACUGGAACUGGCCUCCCUGUGAGGAACAGAGCCAGUGAAAUGGGGACUGCAGGAGCUCUGGUAUGGAAGUGUUUCUCUUUAAAAUAAAGACUGAGGAAACUUGUCAAUAAAGAAUUCCUUUGGGAGA